UGUAAAAAUAUUUGUGUUCUUGCACUAGGUCAGCGAUAGUGGUUGAGCAGUUAAAUCCCCGCUUACGUGCUGACUUUUGCUGAUGCCUAGUAAUAUCCUCCUCAUAAAGGCAGCCCAGCCCGGUAACGCCAACUGAAUACAACGUAAGGAUUUGCUUCUAACAACCAAACCAAACAAAUUACAGAAACCAGCAUUUCUCAGUAACUGAAAUCAUCAUGGGCGCCGCAUUGUCUCGCUUAUGCUUAUGGGUACCAAACCCGAUUUCAAUUGGCGUUAUUGGUCUACGUUCAGCGGGUAAGACAACUUUGGUACACAAACUAAGUGGAAACCCAGAUCCAGUCAAGCCAUCUGUUGAAACUGUAGAGAUUACUCAGGUUUACCCGAGUGGUAGCAACCAACAGUUUAACGUAUUCGAUUACGCUGGAAACCCUCACUGGAGACCUUGUUGGAGAAGUUUCAUGUCCAGACUACAAGCCGUCGUCUUCGUCAUUGAUAGCACAGACAGGGAGGCAUUACAGGAAGCAAAAUGGGAAUUGGUCGGGCUGUUGAAGGAAGAUAUGCUUGAACAGCAGCCAUUUUUGGUGCUUGCUAACAAGCAGGAUGAUCCGAAAGCAAUGAGCGUGGCGGAAUUGACUGAAUAUCUCGAUAUACAACAAUAUCUUGACAAACCAUCGAAAUGCGCAAGUAUCACCACAUACACUCAUUGAAGCAAAUACUAACGCGAGAUUGACAGCGCGUUCAGGCUUCGAGUGGUUUGACUGGGGAAGGGCUGGCUGGGGGUCUGGAAUGGGUGCGAAACGCCUUGAGAGGACGUCAGAAAUAAGUUAUUUCACUAAAACAUCUACACCUGUGAAGGAUAUUGAGGGGAUACCAGAAAGGCGAUGUCGUGAUAACACGUUAUCGAUACGUGACUGCGAUAAAAUCCGGAACCACAUUUUCCCGGGAUCAUCGCGCGAAUUUGUCAGCCAUCUCGAAGCUCGGCCCACCGCAUGCCGCUGAUGCCGAC